AUGGACGCUGGCUACGAAGGUGUGUACAGGAUUCAUGCUUAUCUAUCCGUCGCCCAGGUCCCGUGGGAGAAGCAAGCCCCGACGCUGUGCAGAGCAGGGGCGGAUAUGGAUGCGGAAUGGAAUCAAGCACCAUCACGCCAAUUCAUAGUUACAGUAAUAGAAGCUCUAUCACCGGGACGUUCCCAACUUCCACUGAUCUGCAACUCCCGUCUGGAACCACUUGGCUUUCCUGCAGCAAUUGAUCAUUCACACGACGAGCGGCGUCAUCCCAUCAUGAUCACUGACGACCGUCGGACCAGCGGUUUAGUGUCUUCGUCCCCGAAUCUUGAUAGACAUUCCAAGGAUAACCUCCAUUCACUGAAGCCUCCGCUUGUGAGGCGAUCAAAUGCAUCGCCAUACACUCGUUAUGCGAGCAAUGACAUUUGUAUACGGGAUGUUCCUGCAAACCCACAAUGGAAUGGUUAUCAAUGCCGAGCGCUUUCUUCCCUUCUAAAGAAACCAGCUUCUGCAGCCGUGUAUCACGCUAAAACCGGGUCCGGUGAAGGUACAAGUUUAGAUGUACGGAAGAACAGGGCCGUGGACGGAGCUUGCUUUUGCAAAUGCUUGUUUACUGAAACCAGAAAUUAUACCGGAAAGCAAGCUGUGCAAUUGUUGAUGCUGGCUAUUCUUCGCUCCAUUCGAACGAUAGCGCCGAUGAGGGGAUCUGAAAAUUCCGGAGGUUGUAAAGCUGUAUUGGAAUAUGAUUGGGGACAAUCAAGGCUCGCACUUCCGGAUUCUCCGUGGAAAUGGACUUUUGUCUUCCAAUUCCCAUCGCCUUCAUGCGAAUAUAAAUCUCCUGUCAUGGUGGAGGUCGACGCUCAGGACAGUUUCAAUCGAGACUAG